AUAACGGGCAGUGUUGUCAUUUGUGCCACUCCGAAGUUUCUUUGCUUCUUCUUCUUCCGUCUGUUGGUCUCAAAUUACUGUACUGUGAGAUCAAAAUCGAAAUUCCCCCUCUCCCUUUUCCGGCAAUAUAAACUCUCAUAUUUCCGAUCAACUUUCCUCUUUCCCGUCCCACCGUCACUGAAUUUCAAUUCUUUUAGCUUUUCAUUUUACCGACGAUGAAGAAGAGCUCGCGAACGACGUCGUCUCGGAAGCAGAGCAAGCACAGUUCAGGCUACCCUGACUCCGAGACGGAGAUAGUUGAUGACGAAGAAAGAGAAGGAGGGAGAAGGAAGACUAAGACGUGUAAAGAGGAGAGUUCCGUCACGGUUUCGCACGCCGGCGAGAAGCGAAAGCUCGAAGACGGCGGCGGGAAUCGGUGUCUUCAUGAAAAUGACAGUGAGGUUUUCGCUGACGUGGAGCAAAUUUCUUCGAAGAGGAGAAGAGAGAGUGAGAAGAAGAACAAGAACAAGAAUAUGAAGGAUGAAAUUGCUGACACCGAGAGGCCUUCGAAAGAGGAGGUGCGAAAUCUGAAGUCAAAGGAGCUUGAGAAACUAAUUAGGAGGAGCAGGGAUGGGUCUGUUCAGAAGGGUGAGUAUCAGGAAUGUGAGAGAGAUGACACGGAUAGAUACAUGGAUGGUGUAGGUUAUAAAUAUAAGUUUAGAAAAUCCGACAACAGAGAUAAUAGGCACGCAGAUGGUGCAAGUUAUACUAGUAAGUGUGGAGAAGUCAUUGACAGAGAUGUUAGGCACACGGAUGGUGCAGGUACUAAAGUCAAGUAUGGAGAAGCCGCUGACAGAGAUAGUAGGCACAAGGAUGCUGCAAGUUAUGCCAGUAAGCAUGGAGAAGACGCUGAUAGAGGUAGUAGGCACAAGGAUGGUGCGAGCUGUAAAGUUACAGGAGAAGCUGCUGAUAAGGAUGCUGCUAGAUAUAAAGCUAAGUACGAAGAAUAUGCUGACCGAGAUAGUAAACACAAGGAUGCUGCAAGUUAUAAAGUUAGGUACAAAGAAGAUGCUGACAGAGAUAGUAGGCACAAGGAUGCUGCAAGAUAUAAAGGUAAGUACGAAGAAGAUGCUGACAGAGAUCGUAAGCACAAAGAUGCUGCAAGUUAUGAAGUUAGGUAUGAAGAAGAUGCUGACGGUGAUAGUAGGCCAAGGGAUAGCAGGACAACCGAAGAUUUUGACUGUAAGAAGAGACACCUGGAAGAUAGGCACCACGACAAAUGUCCCUCAAGGGAUCACCACAGUGACAGGUCAGGUAGUAAGCAUGCAAAGGAUGAAAGUUAUGCCAUUGGAAUUCGGUAUAAGAGAUCAAGAUAUGAUGAUGGAGAAAAUCCCAGGUAUAAUGAUGGUAGGGGAAGUAGAGGUGAUGACAGAAUGUAUCAUGAGUAUAGUACAUCCCAAAGUACCAAGAAACAAAAUGUUGAUCCAGGAAAGAAUAAUGUAGGAUACAGUAUAUAUAAUGACGGAGGGGACCAAACAUAUAGCAGAUCCAGAAGUACCAAGGAACAACAUUUUGAUCCAGAAAAGAAUGAUGGAGGGGACACUAGGUAUAAGGAUGAUAGGAGAAAUAAAGCUGAUGAUAGGGAGGACCAAUCCCGGAGUUCCAAGGAACGGUAUGUUGAUCCAGAAAGGAAUGCUGGAGAACUCAUUAGGUAUGAUGAUAAUAAGGGAAGUAGAGCUGAUGAUAGAGAGGACCGAAGUAGAUCCCAAAGUAUCAAGGCACAACAUUUAUAUCCAGAAAAGAAAGUCAGUGGCAUGACAGAGCAUGUUGCUGAUGAGGAAGGAUCUCAUUUACACCAUGCUGAUGCAGACUUAAAUGCAAGCUGUAACAAACAGAGGAAUUCACCUAGUUCCUAUUCUCAUCUUUCAAAAGAUCAAUUCAGGCCCUCAAUCCAAUCAGAAUUGAAGUAUGGGGAACCGGAUGAAAGAGUUCACAUAAAUCUCCUUCCUUCAAAGGAGGUUGCAGAUGUUUCUGGAGCUCUUGAGCAGCCGUGUUUGUCUAAGCAUACCAAGAGACUGAUUGACAAGGAUGACAGUAGUUUUUGUGACUUAUCAGUUGAGAGGGAUUUGAUUUGUGAUGUGUCCAAGCCGUCCAAUUCUCCUGUGGAUCUACCUGAUGAUUCUAAGUUGAUACAAUCUAGCGGGCACAAUCCUGAUAACAACAAAUUUGGAAGGAGCAGUGGUGUCAAGGAUUCAGGAUCAUCUUUUGCUGAAGGAAAGGGAAGUUGGCAGUUGCCUUCCAAGAACCUUCCCACAGGUGAAAAACCCCAGGAAGAUUGUGAUGUUUUCUCUUCUUCAUCUUCAAUCAAUGCUGGUCAAGUAUCUAGCAACUCAUACUCCAAAUUUCGUCAACCUCACAAUCAUCACAAGAGGGCUAAUCGUCCCAAUGCUGGAUCAGUGCAUGGUAAUGCCCGGAAAGGUCUUCCGAAUCGGCCGUAUCCACUCGUGAACAACUUCACUCAUUUCCAGCAUGGUCCCGUUUCUGUUGGUUUUAAUCCCCUUAUGCAUCACUAUCCUGCAUUUCCUAUGUAUACUGCCAGACCUUUGAUGGAUGUAAAUCACCCUGUAUUUUCUCAUGAUGUCCCUAAUACUGGCAGAUACUUCAGCCAUGGGCAUCAAUAUGGGUGGCGAAAUCCUUUUGACAAUGGUUUGUACCCUCCUUUGCCUGGCCAAGAUGCAAAUAAUGUUGCCACCAGGCCUGAGGCUCCAGCACAUGGGACGUUUGAUUGGAACCACAAGGCAGAACUUAUAGGCGACCAGCAGAUGGAGACAAGUGCAGAUAUGUUGAACGGCUCAAUUGGUGGUGUGAAUGUAGAGCUUCCUUCAGUCUCUCAUGAAUUGAAAUCUGCAGCAUAUGCAAAUGAGGAUGAAACUUGCUUGGGGUUAUCAUGGCUGCAAGAGAGCCAGAGUGAUACUCAUUUGGACAAAGGUCAGAAAAUCGAAAUUGGUCUAGAUACUGUUGAGUUAGCAAAGGAACCAUGUAUAUCCAAAAGUAUUGCUGAGAAAUUACCCAAACAUUCUGAGAUGCCAAAGGAUGAGGAUGGUCAUUUUUGGCUUGUGUAUCUCUCCAAGCUUGACAUUUCAGUUGAGCUUACGCAUCCAGAGUUAUACAAUAAAUGUCUGACUUUAAAAGAUGUAGAACCGAAUGAAAACAUUGAUGGAGAUUCUUUGGAGCUUCUCUGUCUGGAGAAAGUUGUAAAAACCCAAGUGGAGCUGCCAAAACUUGCGUCAAGUGCUUCUCUUUUUGUUGCCGUAGAUGAUUCUGUUUUUCAGAGAGCCAUGUUCUUUUACAAGAAGCAGAGAGAAGAAACUAGGGCCAUAACUCAUGCCUUACUGAUAGAUGAACAGAAACUGGAUGUUCAGAUUUGUGACCAAGAGAAUGAGGUAGGGCCAUUUUCAUCUUCUAAUGAGCUGAAACAAGGGCAAUUUUUUCCAGCUUGUUCUGCCGCCAACAGGAAGGUAAAUGCAUCAGUUCUAGUACUCGAUAUGGAGAAAUCAUGUGGAUCAAGUCCGAGGCAAGUCGAUACAAGUAUGAUUCUGGAUGUAGAGACAGUUAAUGGCUGCAUCAAGGACAGGUCUCCUACUCUCCACAAUGCAUCACACUCUGAUCACAGCCGGCCUGGUUAUCUGAACCGGGUCCGCCACUUCCAUUCUGUUGGUAGCACUGGGGAAAACAAGUCACUUGAUAUCAGUUCUGAUCAUAUAACAGUUUCAAGUGCGUCUGGUGAGGAAUAUGAGAAUGUGAUGUCUAAGUCUGUUGCGCCUGGGUCAGUGAGUUUAAGUUGGACGCAUGAUGCUCUUGAAAUUACCCGUUGAAACAGUUUCUGGUUUCCUUUUCCAAUCAAAAUUAUGCCUCUUAUCUCCUAGUUCACUUCAUCUGAUGCUCUUUUGUCUGUCGUCAUGGUUCCACAAGAUGAAUUCACAUCUCAAGCAUCUCAGACUCAAACUACGUUACUGUUGCAUAAUCUAUUCAUGUUUAUACAAGGAAUGGUCUGAAGUGUAAACCAUGUACUUGGUGGAAUCCAAUGUGGAUCGGAAAUCUUAUCUUGAAUUGAGAUUAAUUAAUAAGUC